GUCAAACAAGAGCCACAGUUCGCAAUUCUUUGCUGCAGUGAGUCAUCUGGUGACUAAUCUUCGACGACUGACUGAUGCCGGUGACCAAUGGGUACUGCUAUUCGGCUCAUCUCGACCCUACGUAGCGGUCUGUAAUGGAACGAAUGCCAGGAUCACGAAUGGACUCAACAUUCAUUCGCACAUACUUGGCAUAUCCCUUAUUCCAAUUCAGCACCUCUUAAGACGUGGUACCAACGUCACCAUAAUUUGAAUUGAUACUACGGGUCGAACGAACCCUCGUUGUCGUACAAAGUUGCAACAAUGUUCAGGUCUCACGGGGGAAACGAGUUCUCCUGCUUCUCCCCGUUUCUUCCUUGUUAAUGCAUAACCUUGGUGCUCGAAUCCAUCCACCUCAAGCGCCAACAAGCUGGACGCCGUUCCCUUGGAUAUAAAGAUGCGAGCUUUCGGUAUUGACUACGAUGUGUAUUGAACUCACUGCGCGAACCGUAUACUAAGAUCUUGCACCAAUCUGGAAAGUGAAACAAGGAGGUUCAACAGUGCUGGAUUGACCAUCCUUCGUCCCUGAUUCUCUCCGCCUCGUUACAAUUUCAAUACUCGGGUAACAUGAGUUGCCACGUCAGGUGGAACUCCACGUACUCCGUCUCAUUGACAUGGUCAAGGAACGACGAGAGCAAUCUUCCUGUUUCGUCCUCAGGCAACGAACACAUGAACGUAUUCUCAGUGUUUUAGGCUCAAUGGAUACAAUUUCGGCAGCAAAUAUGCGGACCUUGCGGCGACUCUGAGCUAUUCCGGGGCAUUGGAAGUAUUCCUGUCAUCCUUUUUCAAACGAUGGAUAUGAUAUUAUGGUCGUUGUUGCGGUUGCUAUAAAUUGCCUACAUGGUCGUACGUGUCCGCCUCAUCUACUGCAACCUGCGAGACAUCAUCGGUUUGACAAUGUGUUACCUCAGUCGUCUUGCAAUUCUCCUUUCUACGAUAUCUCUUGCGGCCGCCGCCCCUCAGGCUGUUGCAGCAACAGAGCUUAAUGCCAUCGCUCAACAGCUUGGAAAACUCUACUUCGGGACUGCCACAGACAACCCUGAGCUCACCGACGCGGCUUACACCGCUAUUCUCAAUGACAGGAAUAUGUUUGGUCAAAUUACCGCUGCCAAUAGCAUGAAAUGGGAUGCAACCGAGCCGGCUCGUGGGCAGUUUACAUUCGCUGCCGGUGAUGUGAUUGCCAAUCUGGCAAAGACUAACGGUCAACUGCUACGGGGGCACAACUGUGUAUGGCAUCAGCAACUCCCAAGCUGGGUCUCGAACGGGGGUUUCAGCAAAGCCGACCUUCUCUCUAUUGUCGGGACUCACUGUGGAACUCUUGUUGGUCAUUUUAAGGUUGCCUGGGAUGUCGUCAAUGAGAUCUUCAACGACGAUGGUACCAUUCGCCAGGACGUCUUUAGUCAGACAACAGGCAUGGACUUCAUUGCCACCGCCUUCCGUGCUGCCCGCGCGGCAGACCCGAAUGCCAAACUCUACGCAAACGACUUCAACAUCGAAGGUCCAGGCGUAAAGGCGACUGCAUACCAGAACCUAAUUAGGACACUCAAGUCUCAAGGUGUACCUAUCGAUGGUAUUGGCAUGCAAUCUCAUUUCAUCGUUGGCGAGUUGCCGGCAAACAUCAAGCAGAACAUCCAAGACUUCGUUAACCUCGGAGUCGAGGUCGCGAUCACCGAGUUGGACGUUCGAAUGACCCUUCCUGCAACAGCCGCUUUGCUCGCGCAGCAGGAGAAGGAUUAUCAGACUGUGAUCCAGGCUUGCAAUGAGGUUCCAGGGUGUAUUGGAGUCACGCUUUGGGACUUUACGGAUAAGUUCUCGUGGGUUCCUGGAACGUUCGCUGGUCAAGGCGCGGCAUGUCCUUGGGAUGAGAAUUUGGCUUUGAAGCCUGCCUUCACUGGUAUCGUAAACGGCUUUAGUUCAUGAUAAUGAUUGUUCUAUGAUGCGACGUCAAAUUGUGCUAUCUUAAUACUUCUCAACACUUCACGUCGUACUCGGAUGUCCCUUGAUAUCAUGAUCCAAGGUCAGAUGUGGCACAACACGUUCUUCAAUAUCAG